UUGCGCAACGCGCGGCGUGACGGCGGUGCCGGUUCCGGACCGCCUCCAUCGCCACUUUUCCCGCCCUCCGCCAGUGUCAGGGGGGCGGCGGCGGUGGUUACGUUUAACACAUUUAUUUUAUUUUAUUUGUUUUCUUGUAAAGCGGCAAUUCUCUCCUUUUUUUUUGCUAAGUUGCGAUCUCCCGCGAGGGGAGGUCAAAAGAAAGCCGUCUGGCCGUCGUUUUCGAUCGCUAAGUUUUAACAACAGCAACAACAACAAAAACCGCGUCUGCCUCCAGGCGAGUUUAUAAAGCUUUUAAAAGUUGUACAAGUCGGGGCAGCUUCGGCCGUCAUGAACCAGCAACGCUUCAAAAUGAGAGACCCCGGGAAGGAACUUCUCGCUCAGCACGAGGCUCAAAUGAAAGAUCUGCGGUCGUCCCUGGCGGAGCACGUGCACACGCUGGAGCACCACGCCGACCUGCGCCUGGCCGUGCUCUCCGACUCCAUCGAGUUCCUGCGUCGUCGCGCCGACAUCGAGAACGAGUACGCCCGCUCGCUCGACCGCCUCGCCGAGCGGUUCGCAGCCCGCCUGCGCCCAGGGUCACGCGACACCCUGCUCCGCGAGGGCUGUGGGCUGCCCACGCCGCUCACAUGCUGGCAGAUGAUGCUGGAGCAGGCUCAGCGUGAGAGUGCGGACCACGUGCAGCUGGCGUCCUUGUACAACGCCGCCGUGGUCCCCCGGCUCUCGUACUGCUACGAGGACUCGACCCGCCUCCUUCGCAAGAGCAAGGAGAUCAUUCAGAAGGUGCAAGAUGAACUGUUCAAAACCCUGCAAGAACUCAACGGGAGCAUGCGUGACUACCACGCCUUUCACUCGGAGAGCGUGCUGGCGGAAGCAAAGCUUCAGGACGUGCUGAAGCGCGAGGAGAAGCAGGGAGAGAGUGGAGCGAAACGCAACGAGAAGAACCGGGAGAAGUGGCAGGAAAAGUUCAUCCAGAGCAAGUUUGCCACUGCCAAGCAGCGGAACGAUUACUUGCUGGCGCUGGGAUCAGCGGAAACGGCACUCAAGCAGUACUACACGUUGGACCUGCACCGCCUGCUUGACCUGAACGAGGUGGGCUUCUACGAGGGCCUGAACGGCGCUCUGCGCUGCUACCUCUCGGCGGAGUUCUGUCUCACGGACUCGCGCACGCGAGCUCUGGACGCGGUCGAGCUCUCCGUGAACGGCCUCGUGAGCCGCAACGACCGCAAGGAGUUCCUCGCGGCCACAGGGCUCGACAAGGCCGUGCCACCCAAGCUCAUGUUCCUGGCUCACGCUGGCGACGAGGUUUCUCAAAUCACCGCUCAGGAUCGCCUGCAUCAAGACCUUGAGUUACGAUUCAAAAGUGUCAAGGCAAAACUCGAGAAAAAUAAACUCGAGUGUGAAGAGGUGAAGAAGACGAUGGACGUCAUUCUGAAGUCUCUGAAGGACUUCCUCAUCACCGAAGAGGACUACGACAUGGCGCGGCUCUUCCGGCUGGGCGACGGGACGCCGAGGGGCUCGGACCUAGAUGGUGGAGAUGUCGGCGAGGGCGGGGGGAGGACCCCGCAGGCCCCGACGUCGCCCUCUCCUCUGCCCCUCGUCGCUCGGCGCAAGCAGCAGAUAGAUAUGGAGAACUUCUAUGUCGACAAGCUGCAGAAUUUUAUGGAAAUGAACGGCAUCAUUACGAAACUGGAGGCGAAGCACGGGCUGAUGAGUCGCGCGCUGGGCAAGGGUAAGGAGAAUGAAAACUCCGGAUCGAGGCCUCCGUCCAUCCCUCCAAAGCCGCAGAAGAUCCGGAGACACCGGCCAGCUUCGCGGGUGGCCGUGAAGCUGUUUAACGGAGACCUCGAGGCGUACAUCAAGGAGUCUAACCAGCCUGUGCCCUUGGUGGUCGAGAGCUGUGUACGCUACAUCAACCUGCACGGGCUCCACCACGAGGGAAUCUUCCGCAUAUCGGGAUCGCUGACACAGAUGACCGAAAUCAAAUCGGCGUUCGAGAGAGGUGAGGACCCGUUGGAUGACGAUGACGAUGGGCGAGCGAUAGACAGCGUGGCGGGCGUGCUCAAGGCCUACUUCCGGGGCUUGGAGAAGCCCCUGUUCCCCUCACACAUGUACCAAGACUUCCUGGAUUGCAUCAAAAUCUCUGAGCAUCAUAAGAGGAUCGCAUGCCUCCGGGACCUCAUCCGCAAGCUCCCUUGUCCCGUCAUCGUCGUCCUCCGCUACCUCUUCACCUUCCUCAACCACCUGUCGGGCUUCCGCGAUGAGAACAUGAUGGACAGCUACAACCUGGCGGUGUGCUUUGGGCCAACGCUGGCGCCCGUGCCACCUGAGUUUGACCAGGUGAUGUGCCAGGGCAGCGCCAUCGAGCUGGUGAAGCUCAUCCUGGUGGAGGCCGACUCGCUCUUCCCGUCACCGCGAGAGCUCCCGGGCCCCAUCUACCGGCCCGUCCUGGCGCCGGACAACGAGGACGACGACGAGAUGUGUGACUCCUCGUCGGCUGAGGGUUUACGUUCUGACGACGGGACGUCGCAAGACGAGAUCUCCGUAGACGAUGACCCUUGCCCGUGCGUGGCGGUGGCGCGCUUCGACUACGCCGCUCGCUCCGAGCGGGAGCUCGGGUUUCGCGUGGGCGACAAGCUGGAGCUGCUCCGUCGCACCUCUGCCGAGUGGUGGCAGGCGCGGUUUGGCGACCGCGUCGGCGCCGUACCGCACGACUACCUGCAGCACCUCGGCCACGUCGAGCCGUGGGACGAUAACAAACACAGCGCCUCUUCCUCCCCGGACUGGAAUAAAAGCAGUCCGGAGACUAGGAAGGGCAAGUCCGGAUUCGGUAAUGCUGAGGUCCAGCCGGAGUCCAAGUCAGCGGGCGGAGUCCGUUCCGUCGCUUCGGGGCAGCCGGCAGUGGCCCACCCUGAUGCCAAGGACAAGCGGGAUUUACGUCCGCACGCUGGCUCCUCCGCCUCCAACGUCGCUGUCCACCGCCAGCGCUGGGUGACGCCGCGCUCCGCGCAGGUCCUCCCGUCGGCGCUCGCCGUGCCGGACGUGGUGCAGGACACCCUCCCCCUGUCCCCCACGCCGGCCGAAGGCGCCGGCCACAGCCCCGCCGUGUCCCCGGGCCUCACCACGUUCCGGCCACCGCUGCCAUCGACCGUCAACCGCCCAGGGCGGCACGGUCAGCAGAAGAAGUGAUCAGGGGGGGGCGGGGGGGGGGCGGUGUUAGUUAAGUCGUCGUCAGGGCUAGGAUUAUGAGCGCGGAGAGCACCUUAAUAUUUGACAUUGGUAAUGUCAUAAUACUUCACGACCGUUAUCAUCGUCAUCACCGUCAUUGUCGUCGGCACGCCUGGCAGAGGAAGCAGCGGAAGGUCGGUGUUAAGCCGCGUCCUCGGCGCCUGCGCAAUCGGUUGCACGCAACUUGGCUGCGUGCAACGGAAUUGCUUGUUUGUGGGCGUCCCCUUUGCCAGUUGCGAGCUUUCUCACAGUGGAGAUGGCCUCCUCGACUGUCGAGCGUCGAUCUGCCCGCAGCACCACGCGCUGCGCAUUUUUCCGGGUUGUGAUCCCCUCGUGAACGUGCACCAUGCACAAUCACUCACUCGUGGGAGCCUUCCUGCUCCAAUUUCCCGCUCCUCGGAAUCUAAGGCAACUGGGCAGAGCGUUACCAAUUCAUAAUUUGAACGAUCCUGACCAGGGUCGGGUGGGAGGGGGGGGUCACCAGACAAGGGGCAGGGCUCUGCUGUGAGGGGCGUGGCCAUACUAUGUAGCCACACCCACAUACAUGCUUUGUGCACUUCUGAGCAACUACUUGCUUGCUCAGAAGUGGACAAGGCAGUCGCGGGCAAUUAAAGUUGCGAUGUUUCGAGCAGUUGCUGAUCUGGUUCGCGGAGCUGAUCGCUCCGGGUGUGAACCCCGGCCUAUGUUACAUUGGUGUUGUAAUCGUCAGAAUUAUUUGCCAUCAGCAGUUUUAUUAUUGGCAUUGUGACUGUUUCAUCGUAGUUGGGUAGCUGAAGAAGUGAAGAGAGGAUGAUAAUAAUGUCAUUACAUUGUGGUUCGUUUGUGUCUAUGUCAUCAUAGCUCCAUUAUUGUCAUCUUCACCGUUGGCCUGCCCAGUUGACAAUAUUAAUGGCGAAGGUGUGAUGUCGCUGACUUUGUCAUUGUCUAUAUCAUCAUCAUCGUCAUUAUCAUCAUCGGCAUCUUUAUUUUUGGAAGUCAUUGUUAGUAUCAUCAUUAUUAUCAACAUCGUUGGCACACCUAGCAGGGGGAGAGAAAACGGAGGCUGAUGGGUGGGCAUGAUGUCACCACUGACAUCGGUGCCAUCGUCUCAGCAGCAGCAUCCUCAACAUCGGCAUCACGGGCAGAAAUGUCAUUGUUGGCCCACGCCGAGUGGACGGUCGUGAUGAAGGAAUCAAUGUCAUCAAUCGUCAGUGGCAGAAUCAGCUGAUUCGCCAUCAUAAUGAGCAGAAUCAUCAUCAACAUCAUCGCCCAGCACGAUGAUGGCAGCCACAUCACUGGCAUCGUCGUCGUCACCAUUAUCAGGAGGAUCGUUAUCACCAUCAUCAUUAUCGGCAUGGUCCACAGCAUCGUCACCUUCAUUGCCAUUGUUAGCGUGGUUUCUACAAAAUUAAAAUCGCCAUGGAAUUAUAUCACCACACCAGGGGCAUCGUAAUUCACUUAAUUGUUAU